AGGUACCUACUUACAUUCGGGUAGGGUAGGAAUUUGUCACACGCAAUGGUUACAAGCAGAAAAAGACCGAACGUUGGAUACCUACUACUAAUUUGAAGAAUUAUUAACCAGACGGUAUUUAAUAUGUGAACAGCUGCCAGCAGCAGAAAUCGAACCUAAAUUGCCUAGUUUAAGGUCAAGAAUGAUUCAAAUAGGUUUAUUAAAAUUAGUAUGGAAAGUAUUGAUUUUUGUUGAGGUAAACUUGUCAUUUGCGUUUCUGGGGAUUCGUCGUACAUUUGAAAUUCAAACCUGUCAAGAUACGGUUGAUUGGAUUAAGAUGUUCCCGCGUGGUGUGUACACUUUUUUCGAUGAAGACAACGGAAUUUGGAGGGGUCGUCAUGUGCCUCCGCUGUACAACGUAAACCAAGGGUUGGGAGAGUUGCUAUGGCAGGUCAUGGGCCGAUCUCCGUGGAAGAUUGCCCAGAUAAGCGCCGAUAGCGGCGUUCGAUUAACCUACGGUGAAAUCAGAUGGAGGAGCAUCCGUGUAGCUCAAAAUCUGGAAGCUAUGGGUUUUCAAGCGGGUGAUUUGAUAUCAAUCAUAGCCAAGAAUAAUGAAAAACUAGCCUCAGUAGUGUUCGGAUGUUUCAUGCUAGCUGCCCCUAUCAAUACGUUGGAUCCGCGAUUUCAAAGUGACGAUUUCGCUCACAUGUUUAAGCUGGUGAAGCCGAAGGCGGUUAUUUGUGAGGGUGAUUUGGUGGACACGGUGAAGGAAGCGUUUGAGUUGGCUAGCAUUGAGCCCCAGCUGAUCGUAUUUGGGCCACGUAUUAACGGGUACGCCCGAGUAGAUGAUCUUCUCGUUGAAACAGGAAGUGAAGUUCACUAUGUGCCAACGCACGUUGCCGAUCCGGAAAGUACACUUGCCAUCAUCAUUUGCUCUUCAGGUACAACAGGGAAAUCGAAGGGCGUCUGUCUGUCGCACAGCAUUUGCAUUGCCAACACAUCGGUGUUGUGGGCUUGCAGUGAGUCCGAUCGCGUGUUGAGUUUCAGUUCGUUGUAUUGGAUCUCCGGACUCGGUACUUUGUUAACGGGAACAAUGGCUGGCGCUACGCGUAUCGUAACAACGAACACCUACAGCCCGGCUAUUGCUAUCGAUUUGAUAGAACAAUAUCGCGUUACAGCCAUGUUCGUACCUCCAUCCAGUGCGCUCGAUAUCCUGAACGACUCCACCAUAGGGAUGGCUGAUUUUUCAAGUCUACGUAUGGUUCUGUGCGGAGGUGGACAAGUGCCGGCCGAACUGAAACGAUCCUUCGAAAUGUAUCUGCCCAAGGGUAGAUUCGCAGUGGGAUACGGCUUGUCGGAGCUGGGCGGCGCAGGCUGUUCGACAGCUGUUGCCUACAAGGACAACUGUGUUGGAUCGUUGGGCAACAACUUUCAGGGCAAAAUUGUGGACGACGAAGGAAAUCUGGUUCCGUUUGACACCGAGGGAGAGUUGCUCAUCAAAGGACCAUAUGUAUUCAUGGAAUAUUAUGGUGAUCCGGAAGCCACGGCCGAAAUGUUGGAUCAGGAUGGUUGGCUGCACACCGGUGACAUUGCUCGUGUCGACGAAGACGGGAUGUUUUUCAUAGUGGAUCGCAAGAAGGACAUAAUCAAAUACUCGGGCUUUCAGAUUUCGCCCUCGGAAAUCGAAAGCGUGAUCUUCGCGAUACCGGGGGUGGUGGCGGUUUGUGUCACUGGGAUUCCGAUUCCAGGGCACGAUCUGCCGGUCGCUUUGGUGAAAAAAGUUCCCGAGUCGGAAGUAACCGAGGAAAUAAUUAUCAAUACCGUGGCAGAUAAGCUGAUUGAUUUUAAGCACCUACGGGGUGGAGUUUUCUUUGUAGAUUCGUUUCCAAUGACGCCUUCGGGAAAAAUUUUGCGCCGAAAGUGCCGAGAUAUGGCCAUCGAAAUGUUUAAUGAUGGCAACAACAACACCGCUUAAGAUCUCAUUGGUGCCUUAUCGAAAAUGGUCCAAGCCGAAUAAUGUGUAUAACACUACAAAUCGUUAUAAACUAUUAAAAUUGACAUUUAAAAAAAAAUGGUAGAAAAUAAAGUUAAAAUUGUUUUAUGUUUUCAGACGCUUUUCAA